AUGGCGAUAUUCGAUGACGACUUAAUGAAGAAGUUUGACGAAGAAUAUGGGAAGGCUCAUCCCUAUUGCUCCAAAGAAGAGUUGCUAGCAUACAACACUAAGCCAAACAAAAAUGGGGAUCCCAGAAGACCCAGAAAUGCUGCCUUAAUAUAUCUAAAGGAGUAUAGCAAAAAACUGAAGAGCCAAGGAAAUCAUGUCUAUAUAAGGGGAGGCGCGAAAACGCUUGUAAAACAAGCGAUGGAAGAAUGGAACCUCCUCGAACCCUCCCAACGUCUUUUAUACGAACUUGCGGCCGCUGUGAUAGAAAAACGAUUCAAAAAAAUGUACCCGGGCUACAAGUUUACGCCCAAACCGAAAAAAAAACAAACAAUUUUUAAACCCUACAGUAAAAAACGUGCGGGAAACAUCAACGCAAUGCCAGCAAAUGUCUCCCCUUCACAAUCUUCCAAAGCUAGCCCAGAAGUCGAAUCUCCUGAUUUCUCUUUCGUCUUGGCACCGCAACUGUCUCUUCCGACGCCAGAGACUGCAUUGUCGAAUGAAUCUUUGAAACAUACCAUGACAUUAGAACCUGAACAGCAGCCAACUGUUGAAUAUGUUCACGACAAUGAUUCAUAUACGGAUAACGUUACAUCAUUGCGUGGAUGUGAAGAGCUCAACGAACAAUUAGAUUUAUUUGAAGAAGACGAACACGGUAAAUUGACGAUCCCAUCAUUUUUGAGAGAACACAGUUACUCAAUUUGGCAAUCGCGAUACAAAUUAAAAGGCUGA